AUGUCCCCUAUCAAUAGAGAAAAGUUAUUCCCUGCUCAUUAUGGAAAGAAGAACUUUAUCAUCCUUAUAAGACAUGAACACAUCGUCUUCCACGAAGCUUCAGGAUCUGCUCUAGGAAGGGAUUAUACAUAUAUCCUGAAAAAUAAAGGCAGUAUUAACAGUUCCUGUAGAGAGUCUUUGUUCGAGGAUUUUCAGAAACAAAGUCCCACCUCUACUGGGGAUAUUUUAGAUAGGCGCUGGCCAGCGAAUACUAUACAGGAACUCACAAAUAAUGAUGCAAUAAUUGAUGACAGCUCAAAAGGGGGAUUAUCAGGGGAUCUAAAGCCGCGUCAUUCUUUUAUAAACGACAUACGAAACCUACAGAUCGUUAUGAUUACACAUAAUAUGGACAUUCUACAAUGGAUUCUUGAAAAGAUUACAUACAUAAAACAGAGGGUUCUAACUAUCGGGAUCAGCAUUAUCAUAGAAUAUCAUACAGAAUUAAGUGUGACUGUUCAGGAGACUUUAUCAAUGAGAAAUAGAACAUUCAACCCUCAAGUAAAACGUCAAGCAAAAUAUCUCCUGAGCCUUAAAGGGGAAAUGCGGAAAAUCCAUACCGUACAUCAAGAACUGAAAGGAACAAUCUUAAUAAAUAUCACAAUACUCAAAAUCCGGAAUCAUCAGGAAGAAUACGGGGGAAUCCGUACUAUAACCCUCAGGCAGUACCACGUCGUCAUCAAGUCCUUGUACCAUCAAAUAAGCGUCAUAGGAUAUCUGUAUGUGCUUCUGAAAGUAUCCGAAUAUGGACAACCAUUCGACGGUAUCACCGUUGUUGUGGUAGGUAGAAUUAUAAGGAAGGAGGCCCCAUUCUAUGAGGGUCCUGGGUCUCUUCGGAAUGCUGCAGACCUAAUUAGCUAUAUGGAUGCCUCAUCACUUAACCCCAAUACAUCUCCUAGAAUCAAAGUCUGGGAAAAUUCUGGUGUCUUUAAAGGUACGGAUCAGGAGACUUCAGGAGGGAUUUCUAUAAGGGCAAAGAUGGAAGAAGAUGAGGGUGCAGACACGUAUUAUAAGCAUUCUCACAUUGGAUGGAUUAAUAGAAAGAUAUGUAAUCGGGAAUGA